AAGAAGAAGUGGCUAAAAAAACAACACGGGCACUUGGUUGUCUGUUAACAAACAAGGUUACACAAUUAUCCGAGAGAUAACAACCAGAUGCAUGAUGUGAGUUGUCUAAAAGCCUGCUGACACCUAGAAGCGGCUGCUGAUAUGGUGGACCUGAGUCUGACCCUCAGGAGCCCCCAGUCUCACUAUUUUAUGAGAGCCUGGGGAAAAUGUUGCCACAGAUUAUGGAUCUAGGAUAUUUUUGUCCAUGAGAUUCCAAUUUCACAGCACCUCAAUCAUACAGCUGUAAGGACCAUGGAGAGAGAAGCAGCUGAGAAGGGGAUGGAUGGUGUUACAGACGCCGAUGAGAAGAUCCCUGAUGGUGAUUCCACCUCAGUGACUGAAUCUAGUCAGUGGGAGGCCAGACAGACCGAUGAUGGACGCGAGCAGGAGGACAAAACAGCCCAUCUCAAAUCUCAGGACACCCCAAAUCCAGCCACACCACAAGACUCUGGAAUUGGUGAAGCGGAGUAUUGUGGAUCUACAGAGGCCAAAGAGGAUAAUGAGGAGGCUUCAGAUGGGUUUGAUCAUGAGGACACCGCAGAUAACGAGAGCUCGCAUGUUAUAAAUCAAGAAGAGGAUGAUGCUGCGAAGGAGCAGCACAUGAACGGGGCGUCUGGGUGGAGGAACAUGGGACCUGGAAGGAGAUGCAGAUUAAGGAGCGGUGGAUCAGUUUCAGAGCAGAGCGGUCAAAGUGCUUUUUCCUCCAUUCAAAAAGGCAAUGUCAUGUCAAGCGGUGGUCGCCACAAGCAGACUCGCCGGCGUAACCACCACCAUCAUCAGCAGAGUCGAGGCCGCAGGCGGACAGGCAACCAGCUCGUCUUAGCUUUCAAGGAGAUGCUGUCAGAGUCUCUGAGCUUCUGGUGCAUCUCCUGCGUCCACAUGAUGAUAGAGAUUAUCGUCACAUUAACUCACAACUGUGGAGUCGGUGUGGAGACUGGAGGCGUCAAACUGUACAACUUCGGGCAGCAGCUCCUUGUGAAGAUCACAGAUAUAGCUGGAAUGAAGGCAGAUGCUUGUCGGAUUCUGAAAUGGACGAAAUGCACAGGAGCAGACCUGGUUGAUAAAACUGUUAGGAUGGCAAAGUGGUUAAAGACAGCUGCCUUAUCUUGUUUGAGACUUUUCUGUGCUUUGGUAAUUCUCGGUUCCCUGUGGGCAAAGGGUGUGUUGGUUCGCCUCGGUGGAGAAAGGGGGAAACGCUGUUGGACAGCUUUUCUGGAGUCUAGGUUUUGGAAGAGGGUGAUGACCCUGCUGGAGAGAGUCCGAAGCAGGUUCAGGAGGCGCGGCCACGUACCACCGUCCAGCCCUGACUCACCCGGCAGAGCAGGUAGAGGCCAGCCAGGCCAGGAGCUGGAGAGGCUGCUGGCCUUGGCUGAAGUACCAGAGGAUGAGCUCGACCCCUUUACAGUGCUCGGUGUGGAGGUGCACGCCACGGAGGCGGAACUGAAGAAGGCCUACAGACAGCUGGCUGUCCAGGUCCAUCCAGACAAGAAUAAACACCCACGAGCUGGAGAGGCGUUCAAAGUACUGAGGGCUGCCUGGGAUAUCGUCAGUAACCCAGAGACACGACGAGAGUAUGAGUUGAAGCGUAUGGCAGCAACCGAGCUCUCAAAGUCCAUGAACGAAUUUCUCACUAAACUGCAGGAUGACCUGAAGGAAGCCAUGAACACCAUGAUGUGCACCAAGUGUGAAGGCAAACACAAGCGGUUCGAGAUGGAUCGUGAACCUGCUGAGGCCCGGUUUUGUGCCGAAUGCAACCGUUGCCAUAGCGCCGAGGAGGGGGACCUGUGGGCCGAGUCGAGCAUGUUGGGCCUACGUAUCACAUACUUUGCCUGUAUGGAUGGCAAAGUGUAUGAUAUCACAGAGUGGGCAGGCUGCCAAAGAAUAGGCAUCUCUCCUGACACGCACCGUGUGCCCUAUCACAUCUCCUUUGGUUCAAAGAACAACAGCAACUCCACACGACACAGGACACCCCCAGAGCACCCCCCAGGUCCCACCAACCCCGCUGAUCUUCAGGACUUCUUCAACCGCAUCUUCAAGGGAGGGCCUCCUAACGACAUGGCUGCCAAUGGGGGCUUCUUCCCCUCAGGUCCGCCCCAUCACCACCCACCUGGUGCUGGAGCGCCCCCUUUCUCCCCUCCCCCAAGCCAGACAGGUUUCUUCAUGCCGGGGAGUCAACGGCCAGAGUCCAGCGAGACGUGGGCUGAGAGCGGCAAACCCCCCAGACGGAGGAAGAAGGUCCGCAAACCCUUCCAGAGGUGAGGGAGCCACACAGGGACACAAUAAAUAAUGGCCAUGUUUGUCUCUCGCCUGCCUGUUGGCAUGCCAAGAUCUGAACUGGAGAUAAUUCACGUGGGUAAGGCUGCGGUCAGAUCAGCCAGAGUAGAGAGAGAGAGAGAAAGAGAGACUGGACGAUGAAGAACAAGUAUUGAAGGAGAGUUGAAGAGGUGGCGGUGAUGGUGCUUUACCUCUCAUUUCACCUUAUCUUUUGUUGGUCUUUAAGACGACUGUAGCCUUGGCAUUGAAAUCCUUAGCGGGAUGCUGUAAUGAAACAUUUUCCUCUCCUGCCAAAUCCUGCGAUGCAUGAUUUAUUCACCUGCAUUUUAACACGUCGGUUUUUCUCACUUUUGUUGUUAAUGUUUUGCAUAAGGUUAGUUUGAGCCGUUGGUUCCAGACAGAGUGACACUGAGACAGAGAGGGUUAGUGUGAGUUAUGGAUCACUUUCAUUAACAUGAAGACGAUAAUGAUCUGGGCAGCUGUACUGUGUCAGUGAUUAUUUAUGUUAGAUCUGCACCUUGGCCACUAUGUUUCAAGAAUGAAUUGAAACCAGUUAAGCCCAACACAUAUGAAUUCAGUCAACAAAAAAAUGCAGAAAAUUGUAAAAAAAAAAGUAAGCAGUAGCCAAACUCUCAUUUCAUUAUAAUUACAGCAAAGGUUGAAAUCUAACAGAAGAAAUGUGCUCAGUUGCGUUUCUUUAAUACUGAGGAGGUCUCAAAACUUUAAAAGCGACACCUUGACAUUUUGAAAUGUUGAUUUUUUUCUUUGCCGGGGCUUCGCUGAUGCUUUAAAGACCUCAUUGAUCUGCAUCGCCCCCUGUUGAUCCACUGUGUAACCACACGAAAUGAAAACAGUGGUCACAGUUAAACUUUUUUUUACAAAGUUAUGGUUUACAGCCUUAAAUGUAAUUUGAUUUCAGAAAUUUUGCUAAUUUACAAAUACUGAAGCAAUUUUGAAUAUCAUGUAAACUUAUGAUGUUGUCAAAAAAAACAAAAAAAAAAAAACAAUUCGCAUUGUUCCUCGCUCAUCACUUCCUUCACAGUUAGCCUUGAAAAACAGAUAAAACAUGUUGCAUUUGCAACAUAUGCAGUAUGUAAAUUUCAUAUAGUUGAUUUGUGCAGUUCAUGCUGCUACUAGAAAACAGUUCCAGUAGUUGAAUUGUUAACACCAUUUUCAUCAGGUUCCUACUUUUUGUAAAGUGCCAUUUUAUGCCACUGAUGUUGUUUGUUUCGGGGCAUCUUAAGCCAUCUAUAUCAGUGAUCUGCCAUGACUUCAGCUCAGGACACGUCUGUAUACGAAUCUAUUACAGAAAAACAAACAUUUAAAAUAAUUGUGCUACUCCGAAGUGUGUAGAGCUCACACCAUCUUUGUGUCUAGAUUUGGAAUUAUUUAUUUUAUCUUUCUGUUGCAGUCUGCAGUCUUCAGAGGCUCCUGACUGCCUAAAUUUAAAGAAAUUACUAAGCAGACUCCUCAAGUUGUGCUUUAAACUGGUAUUCUGGUUAGUUCUGCUACCCUGAUUGAAUUCAGCUUUCAAAAUGUCAAGGUCACAUGUUGACAGAAAAUCUAAAUCUAAACUGAUCGCCUUGUGACAGUGUAAGUGACAACAUCAAGGGGUCAGAAAAAUGAUUAUUAGUUGAAUUAAGUUUCUUGAUGUGGUUCUUGCAUAGACAACAUUUAAUUUUCAUCAAAAGGUUAAUUUAAGAAAACAGAGCUGUUAUUGUUUACACCUGAUAUGUGAAGAUUGUGAGAGUGUAGUGAAAUGUGUGAUAAAGCAUUUGAUAAAGGCUAUUUUUUAUAUUGACAGUUGAUGAUGAAAAGUACCAUGUUCAAUUUCAGUUUUUUUUGUUUUUGUUGUGUUAAUUUGCACACCCACCCCUGUAAUAACAUCAGAGGGAUUUUGAACAGUCAUCAGUGAUUUAGCCUAACCGGACUCCUCCAGCUGCAGCUGAGUAGGAGGUGUAGCUUGCUAAGCUAACAGCUCAUGUGCAAAUUAAGAUCUUUUUUUUUUUUUUUCGUAGAAUCUGAAUGUGAAAUGAGUGACAUUUAAGUUGCACGACCAUCACACUCUGGUUACCACCCAAGUAUCAGAACCAAAUUUCUGGCAUUGUAAUGCAACAUUUGGAUUUGUCUGGUAGCUUGACAAAAAAAGAAAAAACAAGAAAAGAUGAACCUUUGUUGAAAAUGUUUGAGCUCAUUGAAGCAGGACUGAAGUUUGCCAUGUUUCUUUUCAUGUGUCAAAUUGUUCUUCUUUUGUGCGCAUUUGACCAGUCAAUCCCAGACAUGGAUUGAGUCGUCGUCCCUUUGAAAUGAAACCCACUCAGACUGUAACAACUGCACUUGAUCUGGCUUAUUAUUCAUUAUGCUGAGAAGCAGUUUGAUACCGUAAAGGAAGUUUACAUAAUCCAGAACUAUGAGAUCUUAAAUUAGUCAUUCCAGUUGGGCAGGAAUAAAUUCUAAAGAAUUGUAGCAGAUUCACAUAAGAAAAUAAAUUUGCUCAUUUUUCUUAAUUAAUGUGACUAUUUCUCAGAUUUCUGAGAAAAAGUUUUCAGGGAUUUUCCCUGUUUUUCUAAAUUAAGGAGAUCAUUUCUGAACAAGGAAAAGAGUCCUGAGAAAUAGUCUCGUUAAGUCAGAAACACAAACAAAUUUAUGAGAAAAGUUUUCAUGGAAAAAAAUCUGCUCGUAUUUCUGAAUUAAUUCUGGAUAAUCUCAUUAUAUUAGAAAAAAAACAAGAAUUAGAGAAAAUAAUGGUAGUAAAAGAAGUAAAUGCAUAACACUGAGAUCGUUACUAUGUAAUACUCCUAAAGAACCAACAGUAAUGACUUUGACAACUAUUUCAUUUACAAAUGUGGUUAUAUCGUUUCAGACUUUUUUUUAAACAUGCAAUUUUUCAUCUUAUGUCCUAAUAUGGGCCUCAAUUAUCUUAGUUCAUAUCCACAUUAUCAAAUAUUCAGUCCGUGUCUGGGAGGCUGGAUCCACAGCUGAAACCUCGCUGAGCAGAGUGCGUUGUUUUCCACACGUCCACCUCGACUUGAGAAUGUACAGUCCCCUGUGUUAAAAGGUAGCAGGUCAAAGUCCAAAAGGUCAAUGAAAGAGCCAACACUUCAGAUUUUUUUUCCAAGUUUUUAACAGAAUAUGCAGAAGUAUUGCAAAAAAUAUCUGACAAUCAUCAGGGUUUUUUUGUAGGGAAUUAGGCGGCGAGUUCCCUGGCUGGCAAACAGUUUUAAAAUAUCACUGUUGGGUUUCGUUCCCCCGCUUUCUCUCGUUUUCAAAAUAAAAAUGAUUUCCUAUAUGCA